GCGUCCCAAGAUGGCGUCGUGGCUGCCGGAGACUCUGUUCGAAAUUGUAGGACAAGGCCCGGCGCCGAGCAAAGACUACUACCAGUUAUUGGUCACCCGGUCCCAGGUAAUCUUUAGAUGGUGGAAGAUCUCUCUGAGGAGUGAGUAUAGAUCAACAAAACCUGGAGAAACAAAAGAAACUCAUGAAGACUUCCUAGAGAAUUCACAUCUUCAGGUUCAAAUUGCCUUAAUAUUUGGUGCAAGAAUAUUAGACUAUGUCUUCAAUUUAUGCCAAGGUAAAUUUGGCUUCCUUGAACGGCUCUCAGACGAUUUGCUCCUGAGUAUCCUUUCUUAUCUGGAUCUUGAAGACAUUGCCAGGCUUUCUCAAACAUCACGCAGGUUUGCAAAGUUGUGCACGUCAGACAAACUGUGGGAGCAGAUCGUCCAGUCUGCUUGUGACCACAUCACCCCAGACAUAAGAGCCUUGGCUCAGGAUAUGGGCUGGAGACAGAUGUUCUUCACCAACAAGCUGCAGCUCCAGCGGCGCCUCCGCAAGAGGAUACAACAACAAGGAAGCCAGAGGAGCAGUGAGCUCUAGGGUCACACAUUCCUACCUGCAGGAGAGUUGAGGCACAGCUGUGUUUUCCAUCUGUGUCCAAACCUCUUCUGCUGCCUUUGAUUAAGAACUACGGUUUUGUUGAUUCAAGGAGCCAUAGAGUACUUGCACACAAAUGCAGCACACCGCCUCUGCUGGGCUUUGCCUGAACCACGGUCCCUGCCACAGGGAGGGUCAGGUCAUGGCCCCAGCGCAGGGGCUGCAGGACAGGA